GUCAACACUAUGAAAGGAGGCGGGCCGCUCUGCUAACAGAAGUAGACACACGAGUUACUGUUUGCCAAUUCUUAUUAGGUUUUUUUAUUCACAUACGUCAAAAAUACAUUAAUUGGGAUUGAACAGCUUUACAACUGCCAUAGAAUAAGACUUAUUGUAUUGAAGUACACAAUGUCUGUUGAUAUCACCAACCUUAAAGUGGGGUUUAUUGGGGCGGGGAAGAUGGCACAGGGCAUCGCCCGGGGUCUUCUGUCAUCGGGCAAAGUCCAGCCUAAUUCUGUGAUUGUAAGUGCACCUUCUUCUAAAAACCAUGGAUUCUUCCUGGACUUUGGAAUUGCAACAACACAUUCCAAUACUACUGUUGUACAGUCUUCUCACAUUAUAUUCCUGGUAGUGAAACCACAUCUGAUCUCCACAGUUCUUAAUGAAGUCUCUUCAUUAAUCACUUCACAACAAAUCAUCAUUUCAGUAGCUGCAGGAAUCACCAUAGCUAAACUGGAAGAGUUACUUCCACCUAAGUCUGUAGUGCUUCGAUUGAUGCCAAAUUUGCCGUGUGUGGUUCAAGAAGGAGCAUUAUUGUUCUCUCGUGGCACACAUGCAUCAGAGAAGGAAGCAGAACUGCUCAGAUCCUUGCUGUCAUCUUGUGGUCUGGUGGAGGAAGGUCCUGAAUCUUUCAUUGAUAUUCACACUGGACUAAGUGGUAGCGGAAUUGCUUAUGUUUACAUGUUUGCAGAGGCUAUGGCAGAUGGGGCUGUUAAGAUGGGGAUGCCCAGUUCACUCGCCAAUAGGAUUGCUGCACAGACAAUACUGGGUGCAGGGAAGCUGUUACGGGACUCUGGCCAACACCCAGCUCAAUUACGGGCUGAUGUCUGCACACCAGGUGGUACCACCAUCUUUGGUUUACAUGCACUAGAGCGAGGAGGCUUGCGCUCCACAACAAUGGAUGCAGUUGAGGCAGCAACUGAAAGAGCUAGAGAGCUGGGAAGGAAAUAAACGAGGACUAUGCGGAAGCCAUAGGUCCAGUGUCCUGACUGAAAUUCCAAAGAAUACUGCCAAUAACUUAUACCUAGACCACAGUCAGUAGGCACUGUGUUCCUGAAAUUUUGGUCAAAUUCCACAAGCAGAAAUUAGCUGUUCCAAAAUUCAUGUUCUGUUUAACUCUUUGACAGUAUUUAUUUAAUUCCAAAAGAGAAAAAAAAAUGUUAAUUUAAAGGAAAAACAUGUUCCUGUUGACCGGGAAUGUUGCUGGGAAAAUAAAAACAAGUUACAUUGUGCUUAUUCAAGCUGAUUUUCUUACAACAUAAGUUAAAACCCAAUUUCUGAUUAAUAGAUGCCCUUGAAAAGUAUUUUCAGUGUUAUUUUGUCAUUCUAUCCAGUGAAUUUUGAUUUAUUCUUUCAGUUUGAGUGUUUAGAGUAUGCAUUAUGAAGAACUUGUUCUUUGUUAUUGUUCUCCAUAACUUAAAAUUAAAAGUUUCAAAUUAAAUUAGAUUAAAAAUGGUAAAUUAUUGUGGAUCCUAUGUUCUCCAGGGUCUCAAUGAGUUUCCUCCUAGAUAUGCAGGCUAGGUUAAUCGUUAAUUCCAAAGUGGCUCAAUGUGAGAGUCCUGAGAUGGACUGGUGCCCACUCCAGGUUUGGUUUCUUCCUUUUAUCCAAUGCUGGAUUAAGUAGGUUUGAGAAUGUUGUUAUAAAUCACAUGUACAACAUGCAGUAUGUCUAAUUGAUAUAGCAGUGUAUGUUUUUUCUAAUGAAGGUUCACUUAUGAUGUUUACAGCCUAGAGUAUCAAAUUCAACCAAACUAUGAUAGUUAUUAAAGAUAGCAAAACAAUGUUUGGGUAUCGAAUAAAUUAAUUGUAAAAAAUGCCUUA